AUGGCCAGGGGUUUCUGGUCUGGACCACAGCUCUGCCGGAGCCAGCCCUGCCUGCGCCAGCCGCUGCCUGUCCCUGCCCGAGGAUUAGCCGUGCUCCACCUGGCCUGCCCGGGAUUUGAUGGGGAACCCCGUGGCCAAGCGGGCACCCGGGCGCAGCUGGACGUGCUGGAGGCCCUGUUCGCCAAGACCCGCUACCCCGACAUCUUCAUGCGGGAGGAGGUGGCCUUGAAAAUCAACCUGCCCGAGUCCAGGGUGCAGGUGUGGUUUAAAAACCGCCGGGCCAAGUGCCGGCAGCAGCAGCAGCAGCAGCAGAACGGGGGCCAGAACAAGGUACGGCCAGCUAAAAAGAAGAAUUCGCCGGCCCGGGAAGUGAGUUCGGAGAGCGGGACCAGCGGGCAGUUCACCCCCCCCUCCAGCACCUCCUUCCCCACCAUUUCCAGCAGCAGCGCGCCCGUGUCCAUUUGGAGCCCAGCGUCCAUCUCCCCGCUCUCAGACCCCCUGUCCACCUCUUCCUCCUGCAUGCAGAGAUCCUACCCCAUGACCUACACCCAGGCAUCGGGCUACAGCCAAGGAUACGCUGGCUCGACCUCUUAUUUCGGAGGGAUGGACUGUGGAUCUUACUUGACCCCUAUGCACCAUCAGCUUCCCGGACCGGGGGCCACCCUGAGUCCCAUGGGUGCCAACGCGGUCACCAGCCACCCCAGCCAGUCUCCAGCCUCCCUCUCCACCCAGGGCUACGGAGCCACCAGUUUGGGCUUUAACUCCACCACCGAUUGCUUGGAUUAUAAAGACCAAACCGCCUCCUGGAAGUUAAACUUCAAUGCUGACUGCUUGGAUUAUAAGGACCAGACGUCGUCAUGGAAGUUCCAGGUUUUGUGAAGAACCUUGGUGAUAACGAGAGAAAUGGCGACGAGAACGAACAGGCUGGGCUGAACGCUCCCGGCUUUAGUCAGGUCUUGGUUAAAUUAAAGAGAAAAAUUAACUCAACGGACAAACAAACGAACAAAAAAAAAACCCGACAGCAACAAGAGGGGGACGGUGUUGGUGUGAUCCCGUUCAGACUCAUCUCCUGCUCAGACGCUCUGGAAAAGGAAUAAUAAAGAGGAAAAAAACGGAGGAGGAAGGCCUUAAACGGACAGAUCAUCUAGCGAGCAGAAAACAGACAGACCCAUCUGUGUUCUUUCUAGUUUUAGGCAAUUGUUGGGUUCCUUUGUUUGGAAGGGGUGGGAGCUCGUCCCACCUACAGGCCAGUUUAAAAAAAAAAAAAAAAGAAAAAAAAAAAAGUAAAAAAAAAAAGUCUAGGUUUUUCUUUCUUUUUUUGUGUGUGCGUGGAAAGAUCCUUCACCCAGAGGUUUCCAAUGUGUUAGCCAACCCUCGGUUAAAAUAUUCGGAAUGGACAGCAUCUCUCUUUUUCUCCCUCUUUUUCUCCCCCCCUCUUUCUUUCGCUCUCGAGCUCAUCCAACGGUUUCAUGCCCGACUUGCUCAAGUUGGCACCCGGAGAACUUGGUUCAGGGCCGUGUGGGUUGUGUGACUGAUUGUCCUAGCUGCACUACUUUAUUUAAAGAUUAAACAAAAAAAAAAAAGAUAAUGUUCAUAAGGAGUCGAUAUGUAGUUUUUAAGAGACAAUCAGUGUGUGUCUUAUAUAAAUGGUACAUCUGUGGUUUUUAAUCUGUGCUAGACUUCAAAACUGUGAUCUCCUGUAUUGUAUGCAACUACGAACGCCGCACCAGCGGGAGUUCUGCUGUGAUUUAAAUAGGUUAUAAUUAUAAGUGAAAUUCAGAGCAACUGAGUUACCUAUUAUCAUCUUUUUAAAAAUAAUUAAAAAAUCUAUAUUAAAAAAAAA